AUGGGACCCAAGUCUCGAGAAGGUGUGUUUGUGGGGUAUGAUGAAUUGCCAAAAGCGUAUCGAGUAUAUGACAUUCAAGCCCAACAAGUGGUGAUAAGUCGGGAUGUUCUGUUUGACGAGUCAUGUUCCGGUGAUUUAGAAGUAGACACUCUUGAUGAUGUUGAUGCAGCAAAUUUGGAUUUUGGCUUGCUAGAGAUUGAAGACGACGACUAUCUGUACACGACAAGUUUUACGCAAAAAGGUAAGCGCAAGCUGUGGACGCAAGAACACAAUCCAACAUGUAAAGGACCAGGGUCCAAAUAUUGUCAAACAGGCCUAGAAGAAGCAAGUGCCUGA